AUGUGGCAGAAAUACGCCCACGACGAUGAAUUAAACUCUUCUGCAAACAUUGGAAAAAUACAUCAAGAGCUGAGCUAUUUCUAUCGAGACAAGUUAAAAGACAAGAACCUAGAAAAUACUCACUACAAUCAGGCAAUCAAGUGGUACAGCAGCGCUCUUGAAAAGUACAACACAAAUCCAGCAGAAGUAGCUACAGUAUACGAAUCCAUAGCUGUGGCUUAUCGAUUGAAAAUGCAGAUAGAAGACGAUGAUAAAACAGCAAACGCAUUAGCAGCAAUUGAACAUCAAGAAUUAUGUAUGCAGCAAUUGUUAAUAUACUGUUCGCCGAAUCGUAAGAAAGUCGGUGAUGCACUUAAGGAACUGGCGCAAACCAUCGGUCUUUGGGACGAAGGAGUGACGAACUCUCAGAAAGCUUUGGAUAUCUAUAUCUAUCAGAAUAGUUGUUAUAAUUAUGACGACAUAGUAUCCUUAUGCACCGGCAUCGUUGGCAUCUAUACUCAUCAGAAAGGAGAAAAUUAUGCUCCAGCACUGAAGUAUCAGUUGUUGAAGCACGAGUUCGAAGUGAAGCAAUUGAAUGAGAUCGUAGAAGAUGAUGGUGAAGAUCAAGUCUAUCAUAAGCACACAGGCAUUGGCUGGAGUCACGAAGAAGUGGCUGAUAUGUAUAUAAAAUUGGGGGAGUACGAGUUAGCUUGUCAGAAUUUACAGUUAGCAAAGAAAAUAUAUGAAGGGAGUGAUCCAAAUGAUAGAGAGGAAUUAAAUUACUAUCUUGAAGAGAAACUGAGAAGUAUAGAAUCGUUUUUAGGAAAAUAA